UCUCUUUUUUUUAGAUAAGAUAGCUGUGAAUAUUGUCGAAUACAUUUAUAGUAUGCUGUAAUUUGGAUAGAUAAGGAUUAGUUAACAAAAGAAAAAAAAAGGCUUCACGUUUAUAUAAAUAAACAUUUGCUGAUUAGGAAAUUUGACAUUUUCUUCGUUUAUCUAGUAAAUACUGAUUUUGGCUAUUUAAGAAGAAUGGUCGUUUAGGAAUGAGUAUUGCCUAUUUAUGAUGUUGUAGCACAUGAUGACUAUAAAACAUCUGUAUAUUCAAAAUAUAGCUGUUAACUAAAGUCGAUAUCGUUAGGCACGAUAGACUUUAGGAAAAUAGAUAGAAGAAAUUUAAGCACCCGAAGAUUAUUAUGCUAACCUUUUUCAUGAUCCGACUUAAUAUAAAAGAAGGCAUUUGAUAAGACGUGUUUUUAUUCUUUUAUAUACAAAUUCAAUUUAUCUUAUACUUAACAUUGAGAUGAAGCUUAUUGUUACACUUCCUACUUUUGGUGCUGUUGCUAUUUCUCUAGUUAGUGCUAAUGCUUGCGACGUAGAUGGCACCUCAUUUUCUGGAUGUAUUAUAACUAAAUCUCAUGAUGUAAAAACCACCUCUACUACACCUGUCAUUCCUACUACCACUUUUUUUGAUUUUACUUCUGGAACUGAACCUCCUAUGUCUACCGAAACUUCCACUGUAACUAGGACCGAAGUUAAACAUAAACAAAGACACAGAACUAGAACUAGAACUAGUACCGAAACUAACACUGAACAUCCUAUUCCAUUUCCAAUGACUACUUCUCGUAUCAGUUUUUCACCUUUCACUUUUACUGUACCUACUGGAACUCCCACUGAAACUGAAACUGAAACCAGACACAGAACUACUACUACUACUAGUAGUAGUAGUACCAGUACCGAAACUGACACUGAACAUCUCAUUCCACUCCCAUUCACUCAUUCUCCUAUUAGUAUUUCACCUUUCACUUUUACCAUGCCUACUGCUUUCGCUGCUGCUCCAACAAACAAAGUUGAUUCUCUUGAAAAACGUGCUAAGGUUCCUGAUGUUGAUAAGCAUACCUCUAAACCUGUUAUUAUUGAUAUAAGUGAACUUCCUCUGCCUACCGGUCCUCUUACUAGAACCAGAACCAAAACUAGAACCAGAACUAGUACCGAAACUAACACUGAACAUCUCAUUCCACUCCCAUUCACUCAUUCUCCUAUUAGUAUUUCACCUUUCACUUUUACCAUGCCUACUGCUUUCGCUGCUGCUCCAACAAACAAAGUUGAUUCUCUUGAAAAACGUGCUGAAGUUUCUGAUUCUGAUAAGCAUGGCGAUGAAAAUAAAACCAAAACCAAACACAAAACUAAAACCAAAGCUACCACUACUACUGAAUCUGCUCUUCCAGAUCCAACAAACUCUGAAUCUAUUGUUACUAGAGACGCCUCUCAAGCUAGCGCUAUCAAUGUACCCUCUGCUAACAAUAUGAGUGUCUUUGAUUCUGCCAACCUUAAACAACUUCAUGUGGAUUCUGGUGCUGUUUCUCUCAAAGCUAGUGUUAUUUGUAUGGCCGGUGCUCUUGGUGCUGCUAUUUUCUUGCUUUAAAAAAAAACACUUAUGCUAUUUUAUAUUUUUAUUUUUCAUUAUCAAAAGAUAUAGUAAACAUAUUUGUACUCACUGAAUGUAAAACCACAAUCUUGAUAUUUUUUUUUUCCUUUUUUAUUCCUAUCUUUCAAAAAAAUAAAAUAAAAAAAUAAUAAUAAUAAAAUUUUUAAAUUACUUAAUAAUAAUGUGAAAAGUCAAAUUAUAGUUAAAAUAAAUAAACUUCAUGUAUGAAAGAAA